UUAAAAAGGCGCCAGGAAGCCAGAGGCUGGCGUGCAGAUGAGGAUUACGAAGUCGUGCUCGUCAGACGCGGUGCUGUUCACCUGGAAUAGGCUACCUGAAGCUCCCCAAUGACGCGCAGCUGCAUCAACUUAUCAACACUGUUGCAUGUCUUCACGGCUGACAUGUCGGCCCCUGUGGCCUAGUCCGUAGGUUUAUGUUUCAAAUAGGCUAAGAUCGGUUUCUGUUGAUUCGGAGCCCGGAGUGCCAUAAACUCGAAAUACACGCCACGGUCCCCUCAAGAAGAUGCUACUUGAAGCGCAAUGAUGCACGGAACUCGGAGGAUUUCGUGAUCAGGAUGACAUUUGGUUGAGACUCUCGUGGGCCGAAACACAGAACAAACUCUCUAAUUUUUCUUGCGGCAAGAAGCUGCAUCAAGAUCCGACCUCAGCCGAACUAGACUCUCGGUUUUCAGUCUCGGUUCAGGGAGGAUGGCCGCGAUCGCCAGCUCCCUGAUCCGGCAGAAACGCCAGGCGAGGGAGUCGAACAGCGACCGGGUCUCUACUUCGAAACGUCGCCCCAGCCCCAGCAAAGACCCCCGCUCUCUCUGCGAGAGGCAUUUCUUGGGGGUCUUCAGCAAAGUCCGUUUCUGCAGUGGCAAGAAAAGACCCGUUCGGCGGCGACCAGAGCCGCAGCUGAAAGGCAUCGUGACACGACUGUUCAGCCAGCAGGGCUUCUACCUGCAGAUGCAGCCGGAUGGAACCAUCGACGGCAGCAAGGACGAGAACAGCGACAACACCCUGUUUAAUCUUAUUCCUGUGGGUCUGAGAGUGGUGGCCAUCCAGGGGGUGAAGAGUGGCUUCUACAUUGCUAUGAAUGGCGAGGGCAUGCUCUACAGCUCGGAGAUGUUCACACCGGAGUGUAAGUUCAAGGAGUCUGUUUUCGAGAACUACUAUGUGAUCUACUCGUCCACUGUGUACCGUCAGCAGGAGUCGGGCCGAGCCUGGUUCCUUGGCCUCACUAAGGAGGGGCAAGUCAUGAAAGGCAAUAGGGUCAAGAAGACUAAGCCCUCAUCACACUUUGUGCCCAGGCCCAUAGAAGUUUGUAUGUACAGGGAGCCGUCACUGCAUGAGAUAGAGGACAAGCACCGCUCCAGAAAGAGCUCAGGGACUCCCACCAUGAACGGAGGGAAAGCUGUCAAUCAGGACUCCACAUAGCAGCAAAGGGAGGGGCUUCCAGCAGGGGGGGGAGUGGCCUCAUCCUGACUCAGGGGGAGGGUCCAUAGGAAAACUCACCGCCCCCCAAAAUACAUACCACCACCCCCUCUGAAAAAAAAGAGGGCGUUGCGAAGACAACGAGGAGCUAUUACUGUACACCCAAGACAACAAAAACAAAAACUGAACUCUUGCCUGUGAAAACCUUUUAGAUGAAUUAAUAUGAAACCAGAGGAUAUCUAUAUAUGAAAAAAAAAUAUUUUCAAUCAGGACUUGACCAACAUUUUAUGCAAAAAAAAGAAAAAGCUGUGAUAAACAAAGGAAUGGUGGUCUCUCUUCACACAAAUACAAAUAUCUAUCAUUUCCAAUUUAUGCUGUGAAAAACAAGCUUUAAUACAUGUUCAAUUUUCAUACAUUGAGGGUUUUUUUUAAUGCUAUUGCACUCUCAACUGCUUUAUUGUGUUAUUGCUGUCAGUAAUAACUAUAUCAUUAUCAUCACUAAUCAGUUGCUCUUAUCAUCCCAGUUACUAUCAUGGUUAUUCUGGCUUUCUUUUGUUUUUGAAACGUAAGAAAGUAUUUCUUUUCAAUUACUCCUGUUUUUUCUCUCACAGUUUGAAAUUGAAUGCACUGUCACACUACCUGUUCUGGUGUGAGGGUAAGACUGAAUGUAUUUGAUAGUUCUCUGUGUUGGACUCCAAAUGUAACGGAGUGCUUAGGGUGGGAUGUAAUUUACUCAGGUGUGUAGCCUACUGCAAGUUAGACUAAUGAGACUAUUAGGAUAGAUAGGGCUGUUUGAAAUACACUGACAUGGCUUCCCUUAUGUUAUCCUGCUACAACAGGACAAGACUGAUACAAGCAAUAUAGUAGAGAGGAGUCUAGUAUGUCUCUAAAUAAUACUAAUAACAAGCUGACAACACAUCUCUGUGGUUGGUGUGUUUGCCAGUAGAGAAGACUGACAAAGAAAGUUGUAUGAGCGGGUCAAAGUCUAAAUCAAAGGAAAACUGUGCUGAUAUAGCUUCUGUAUACUCUCAACAUUUGCAAGGACUAUUAGGUUUUAGGUAAGGAGAUGUCCAAACUUGUCUAAAAUGGCAAUGAAUAGUAUUCUCUCCAAAAGCUGAGAGGAAAAUAUUGACCAGCAUCAGCACUAUGAGCCACGGCCAAAAGCGGUCACUUCACAUUUGCACCUCAAGCAACACAGGCCCCUUUCUCUGCUGUUAGCUAGGCUAUAACAACAACUCUCCAAAUAUAACUAUAUAACAGUAUUCAUGCUUUUGAACUAUAUGGACAAAUCAUGAAAUAACUCUUGAUAAAAGACUUCUGCUGUUGUCAAGACAUUCUGUUACUUUUAUUGUAAAAACAUUACAGAUUUCUCAGCACUGGUGGACAGGGUUCUUGACUGUUUAAUAAUCCACUGACUUGACCUAUUGAUAAUUUCAAUGUAAGGUAACAAUCAUUAAGACUUUCCCCAUCAUAAUGGAAGCAGAGCCUCUUACUGAGAGAACCAGUUCAUCUGGAUUUAGCCAAGUUCGAGGAAGGAUGUCCGACCAUCCCAGUGAAAGCAUGUCACUGUUUGUUUUCUCUGACAUGGUAACCCAUACGGUCUCCAUCCCUCCUGGUUUUGUGGGCCAAAUGAGCCAUUUGAUGCAUUGUGGAGGAAAGCUUCUCUUUCAUAAAUCAACAUGUUGACAGGGCUGUAUAAAUAAGGUGAAUUGACUGGUACAACGUGCACGCUGUGUACACUGCAUAGCUCAUUCCUAAUCCCCAAGUAGUUUGUCUAACUCAGGAAGUCCUACAGUUGUUCUGUGAAUGGGGCCAGACGUAAAGGCUGACCGCUUGUUGUCCAGCACCCGUUGCACAAAGCCUGGCCACCGGUGUGGUGUUUAAGAAGGUCGGGAUGGGGUCUAUGGUGUUUUUAUCAUUAAAGACUAUGUACAGCUAAGCCUAGUCAGGUUAGGAAUGUUGAAAAGGGGAUUAGAGGAGGCAAGAGAAAGCAUGAACAUCGCAUGACUGUAAAAGUUGAUGUAAGCUUGGUUUGAUUUUGGGGUGAGAGCAACUAAAAGAUUGUUUCAAAUUUGGGGAGAAUAGGUCCAAGACUUUUUUAUGCAACAUUAUGAUCAGUAUUUCAGCGAGAGUUUAUACAGCUCUCCUGUAUCUGGUUGGAAAUCGUAUGCUAGGUUGGUGGUAUGUACAGUAAAUAGCACACAUUCAGUUGCACAGAGCAAAUCGCAGUGAUAUUUCAUCAUGGAUCUGGGAGGUUCUUCCACCUGGGGCCCUGAUCCAUCGCUGGUGCAAGUUACCUGCAAGAGCUAACAGUAGAUUAGUUCAACUUCCACAGCACCUACAGCAUAACAGUGAUACUUACAGUAUAUUAGAUGUGACGCUGAAAGUCAACAGGCAAGACCAGCAUAUAUAUCUUUUUUAUAGAGGUUUAUAUUGGUGCAAAUGAGAUACAUGUGGACUUAAAGCAAUGCAUGAAAUUGGAUGUACUCGAUGUCAGCCGUUGACAGCAGAAUGAGAGGAUUUGAGAAAGAGAUGAAUAAAAGCAAGGACGUAAAAAUAGCUGAUGUGAGAAAGCAGUAAAGGAGAGCACUUUUGGUGGGUUUGCCGAUGUAUGAAAGGGUGAGCAAAGGCUUUGGUUGUAUGUGGUAUCAAGUAUAAUUUAUUACUUUUAUGUUUGCAGAUGAUUUCACUGCAUUGGAACACACUCAUAUAUGCAUUAUGAAUUGUGAGAUGAAAUUAAAAAUAUGCAUUGAUAAUAAAAAUCAGAAUGAAGUUAGUGAUUGUUUAAGAAUAAAGACUAUGUUAUCAAAAACUUUCA